ACCCUUCUCUCUCACUCUCUUUACCUCUCUCAAUCUUCUCAACCUCUCUCUUCCCUGUCCCACAGUCAGCCGGUUGGAAUAACACCUCUCUUCACUCUCGCUGGGGAAGUCCACGCAACGCUGUGUUUCUUCACUACGUCUGUGACUAUAGCAUUCACCCACUCUCUGCUCAGUGAGGACAGUCCGGCUGGGAAGCCUCAGAAGGUGGGCUGGUCCGGGUGUCUCCUCAGCAGUCAUGGGGAGGUCGGGAGCGCUCCGGGUUUGGUCUUUGGGGACGAGCGUGCAGUUGUUCCUUCCCCUCGUCCUUUGUAUCACCUGCAUCCAUGGUCUUUCUCCACCACAGCCACGAGUCCUCCUGUCAUUUCAAGAAUUGCAGAAAACCCCGUCCUUUGAGCACUACACUUUGUCUGAGAAGGCCAUGGACUACAGGAUCCUUUUCAUGGAUGAGGAUCAGGACCGCAUGUACGUGGGCUGCAAGGACCAUGUACUCUCGAUGGACAUUAAUAACAUCAGCCAGACCACGCUGAAGAUCUUCUGGCCGGCAUCCACCAGUAAGGUUGAGGAGUGUCAGAUGGCUGGCAAAGACCCCACACAUGGAUGUGGAAACUUCUUACGAGUGAUCCAGCCUUAUAAUAGGACGCAUCUGUUCAUCUGCGGCAGUGGAGCCUACAGCCCAGUGUGUGGAUAUGUUAACCGUGGCAGGCGUCCUGAGGAGCAAGUGUUUCAAAUCUCUUCCCGAACAGAAUCAGGGAAAGGGAGGUGCUCCUUCAACCCACAAGUCAACACCGUCUCGGUCAUGCUCAAUCAGGAGCUGUUUUCUGGCAUGUACAUCGACUUCAUGGGGACAGACGCGGCCAUUUUCAGGAGCCUGACCACAAGAAACGCAGUGAGGACAGACCAACAUAACUCCAAAUGGCUGAGCGAGCCAGUGUUCAUUGAUGCCCACUUGAUUCCUGACGGCUCAGACCCAAACGACGCCAAACUCUACUUUUUCCUGCGUGAGAGACUGACAGACAGUAGUGGAAACACUAAGAACAUCCACACUAUGGUGGCUCGAGUGUGCCCUAAUGACACUGGUGGUCAGCGCAGUCUGGUGAACAAGUGGACAACGUUUCUGAAGGCUCGGAUGGUGUGUUCGGUACUAGAGGAAGACGGUACCGAGACCCACUUUGAUGAGCUUGAGAAUGUGUUUUUAUUGGAGACGGACCACCCAAAGGGCCUCCUCAUCUUUGGAGUCUUCACCUCUACAAGUUCUGUAUUCAGAGGUUCUGCCGUCUGUGUUUACAACAUGGCCGACAUCCUGACGGUCUUCAACGGACCGUUUGCGCACAGGGAAGGGCCCAACUUCCAGUGGGUGGCUUUCCAGGGCCGGAUCCCUUACCCACGACCGGGAACUUGUCCUGGUGGCGCAUUCACCCCUCACAUCCAGAGUACUAAAGAGUUUCCAGAUGAUGUGGUGACGUUCGCGAGGAAUCACCCUAUCAUGUUUAACCCCAUUUACCCGGUCGGCAGGAAACCUCUGGUGGUGCGGACGCAUGCCGAUUACAAAUACACCUCUAUAGCCGUGGACCAGGUCACCGCUGCAGACGGACACUACCAGGUUCUAUUCCUGGGCACAGAUAAAGGCACGGUACAGAAGGUUGUGGUUCUGCCGUCAAACGGCUCUCUGGAUGAGGAUCUAAUCCUGGAGGAGCUGGAAGUGUUUAAGAAGCAGUCUCCUAUCACCAACCUAAGAAUCUCUUCUAAAAAGCAACAGCUGUAUGUUAGCUCUGACCACGGAGUGUCCCAGGUGUCUUUGCACCGCUGCGACGCAUACGGCUCUGCCUGUGCAGACUGCUGUUUAGCGCGGGACCCGUACUGCGCCUGGGAUGGCCUCAGCUGUUCUCGAUUCUACCUCACUGGCAAGAGGAGAAGCAGAAGGCAGGAUAUUAUGCAUGGGAAUCCACUGACUCAGUGCAGAGGGUUCAAUCUGAAAGCCUACAGGAAUGCAGUGGAGAUGACUCAGUAUGGAGUCAAAAACAACACCACCUUCUUGGAGUGUCAGCCCAAAUCUCCUCAGGCCUCGGUUAAAUGGCUCAUCCAGAGAGACAACGAUCGCAGGAAAGAGGUGAAGCUGAGCGAUCGUGUGGUGUCCACCAAUCACGGUUUGCUCAUCCGUUCGGUGCAUUCUUCAGACCAGGGCCUGUACUACUGUCUGGCAACAGAGAAUGGCUUCAAGCGCACUCUGGCUAAGAUCCGUCUCCAGGUUCUGAGCGAGGCUCUGGUCAGCGCCCUGAGCAAUAAACAGCAGUCACCCUGGAGCUGGGCAGCCGCACUGCACCCUAAAGCCCUGGUGUCGGCCUUCAGCCCGGCUGAGACGCUGGCCAUGCACCAAUACUGCAAGGAACGCAAGCAGAUGCAGAGUCUGCAGAACAUACAGAGCCCCAUGAGAGGCGAUCUGGGCAAACUCAAACCCCUGCUGGACCACAGGAAGAGCAGGAACCGCCGGAACCACUUACUAGAGGAAUAGAGGUGGAACAUAGUGGAAGGAGAUGGAUGUAGAGAUGAUGAAAAGGAAUAAAGACAUGCAUCAGGAGAGAACGCGCGUGGAAAAUAGAGGAGGAGAAUGUUGGAGAAGACUCCUCCGAUAUGAACCUUAACUGUUUUUUUUUCUUCAAGCUCAAAGCAUCUCAGGUGCUUCCUGUACAGCAGAGGAACGGCCAGAGCAGAAGACUAUGAGAAAUCCUCAGACACACACACAUGCUAAUCUGUGUUUCAUGCUACAUAAUGCAAGAUGCCAUAUGUCAUACAGUAGUGCAGAACAAACCAGAAAGUAACGCAAAGUCAUUUAAGACCCAGCAAAAUGGUUUGACAAGCACAUUUUGUUCUUGUGUUGAUGUAUUUUCUUUUGAUACGGGAAGUCGGGGUGGAACAUAUCUAACGGCUCAUCCUUUUUAAUAGCCAAUAGUCUUUAGUUUACGUCACAGCAAUGAACCGUUAUUUGCUUUUUGCUAAUGCUAGCCAAAGGCAGGGGGUACCAACUACAGGGACAUUCUCAUUCUAAAGAGCAUUUGAUUGGACAAAAUGUAGCAUAUGCUCCUGAGUUCAAGAUGAGUCAUUAAUAUCUUUGGUUUAUUUACCUGAAGAGAAAGACUGUAAAUUUUAAAUGUGCAUAUGUGUUAAAGGUUUAUGUUGUCAAAUUUCAGGAGUACAGUAGCUUUAGCAUUAGUCUCAAAGCUAACAGACAUGGACUAAAACGAAAAAGAAAAAAAAUCAGUUUUGUUUUCCAGUACUACAUAUCGAAUAACAUUUUUAUCAGAUAUGGAUCAUGAGAGUAUGUUGUGUAAACUAGCACUAGCAUUAGUCUCUAAGCCAACAGAAACUGACUAAAAGCCACAACAUUUCGAUUCGGAUUGCUAGGUACAUAUAUUUGCUAAAAGUUGUCAACAUUUGGAAGCACAUAAACAUUAGCUUCAAAGCUAAAUAAAUGGAUUAGAAGCA